UUUCCCCUCUAGCAACAUCAUGAGCCGACAUCCUACUAUCAAGUGGGCCCAGAGGUCUGACAAGGUGUUUAUCACAGUUGAGUUACCUGAUGCCAAGAAUGUAAAACAGAAACUAGAACCAGAAGGAAAAUUCUCUUUUUCUGCAACUGCUGGAGCUGAUAAUGUUCCAUAUGAAGUCGUUCUUGAUCUCUUUGAUAAAAUAGAUGUCGAUGAGAGCAAAUCUAGUAUUACAUCUAGAAAUAUCUGCUAUCUUGUAAAGAAGGCAGAAGACAACUGGUGGAGCAGACUGAUUAAGCAAGAAGGUAAAUCGCCAACGUUUUUGAAAGCUGACUGGGACAAAUGGGUUGAUGAAGAUGAACAGGACAAUGAACCAGCUGGAGCAGAUAUGGAUAUGGGUGACAUCGACUUUUCGCAACUCAACAUGGGUGGUGGUCUAGGGGAUUUUGAUGCUGAUGAGCCUGAAGAAGAUGAAAGUGACACUGAAGAGGAAAUUGAGGAAGGAAAGCAUGAACAUAGUGAAUCUCAAGCAGCAACUCCAGCAAGCACUGAAGUUGAGAUAAAAGCUUAGAAGCUCCCUUUACUU